AUGCGAAUACCUCGAAGAGAACCGAUCGUCGAGAAUGUACCUGAGUUGCCUUCGUUUAGGUUGAAUUACGCAAUGGAAGCACUUCUGAGUCGAGGCAGCAUUGUUAAAGAUCAGCUCUUCGAUCACUCACGAUCUUCUCAACACAACGUUUUCUUUCGGAGACUUAUUUAUACAUCACAGGAAUGCCAAUUGGCAUGCGAAGAGUGUUUGGAUGGUGCGCUGGCAGCGAUUGAUGAACGAAGACGCAUUUGUUUGUUCACAUUCUUCGAGUAUUUAUAUGAUCAAAAAUUGAAUUCAUUAAGUCAUUCCACCAAAGAGGAUGUCAUCGGUUCAUUCAGUGACUUACCGCCGAAUUGUAUCCUAAUAAGAAAGGUGAUGGCAACACCGUUAAGACUGAUAUUGUUGCCACCCGAAGUAAUGAUGACCAAUCGUGUGAUAAGACAUUUCGGUGAAGAGUAUGCAUUGAGAUGCGUCUUUCGAGAUGACAAUGGACAGCGACUCAUUCCCAAAGAAUUCACGAGAGGGCGAGCUGUACGAGAUCAAUCAUUGCACAUACAACAACUCAUCUAUAAGACACUCAGUGAGGGAAUUUGUAUCGCGUCAAGGCAUUAUAGUUUUCUCGCGUGGUCAAACUCACAGAUGCGCGAUCAUGGUUGUUAUAUGUUUGCACCAGCUAAGAUUGUUGAUAAGGAGAGUGGAGAGGAACGUUGGUAUAGCAUUGAAGAUAUCAGACGUUGGAUGGGCGAUUUCACUGCAUCAAAAAGUGUUCCGAAACUGAUGUCCAGAAUGGGGCAGUGUUUCACACAAGCGCAGGUAUUCUGUUCGGAUCAAUCAUUGCACAUACAACAACUCAUCUAUAAGACACUCAGUGAGGGAAUUUGUAUCGCGUCAAGGCAUUAUAGUUUUCUCGCGUGGUCAAACUCACAGAUGCGCGAUCAUGGUUGUUAUAUGUUUGCACCAGCUAAGAUUGUUGAUAAGGAGAGUGGAGAGGAACGUUGGUAUAGCAUUGAAGAUAUCAGACGUUGGAUGGGCGAUUUCACUGCAUCAAAAAGUGUUCCGAAACUGAUGUCCAGAAUGGGGCAGUGUUUCACACAAGCGCAGCCAACAAUAUUGUUAGAACGAAAAGACUGGCGUUUGGAGGAAGAUAUAGUUGGCGGUUUAUGCCAUCCGGAAACCAAAGAAAAAUAUACAUUUUCGGAUGGAGUUGGUCGGAUAUCAUUGAAGUACGCAGCACUUGUUGCGGCUGAAUUGGAUUUACGUCCCGUACCCUCAUGCUUUCAAGUUCGAUUCAAAGGUUUCAAAGGUGUUUUAUGCUGUGAUCCAUCGCUCGAUAUCGAAGCAAGAGAGCAGAUUGUCUUUCGAAAAAGUCAAAAGAAAUUUGAUGAAGAUGAAAGCGAAUCGGCUGAAUUGGAAGUAUGUGAAAAGCAGAAUCGUGACAUACAUCAACGUCUUUGUUGGCGAGUUCAUUGUCUUCUUGAAAAGGAACUCAAUUUACUAGCUGCGAUGUUGGUCGAUGAGGAGACUGCAGCUGAAGCAUUAUCGUCGCGUUUAUCACUGUCCAUUGAUUUUAGACAGUUGCACGACAACGGUUUUUUGUUCACCAACGAACCGUUCUUUCGUUCCUUGCUCAUCGCCGUUCAUCGUUACAAUAUCAAAUUACAUUUGAGUAAGUCAAAGAUAUUUUUGCCUGGUUCAAUGGGUCGUACGAUGUAUGGUGUUAUCGAUGAUACAGGCGUUUUACAAUAUGGACAAGUUUUUAUUCAGUAUUCACCAAGUGUUCGCAAUCCUUCAAAGAAAGUCAUCACACAUAUUGGUCAUAAGUUCACUCCUUUUUUUAAUGAGUACGUUGAUGAUGAAAUGAUUCUAGGUCGAGUGUUAGUAACAAAGAAUCCUUGUUUGGUUGGUGGUGAUGUACGUAUGUUUACGGCGGUAUAUCAGCCAUCGCUGGAGCAUCUUCGUGAUGUUAUCGUCUUUCCUCGCUAUGGACCGAGACCGCACACUGAUGAGAUGGCUGGCAUAUUUAUAAUUCGCUUGCUGACAAUGACUGUUGUAAGUUUAGGCAGUGAUCUGGACGGUGAUGAGUAUAUAGUGAUAUUUGAUAAGGAUCUCUUCUUGGAGCACAACGAAAAUGCGAUGGAUUUUCCUAAAUCUGUCGCACCUGAAUAUGAUUCAACACCAAAGACAGAAGAUAUGGUUGAUUUCUUCUUGAAAUAUCUGAGUCAAGAUUCAAUCGGACGUAUGUCAAACGCUCAUCUGAUUAUGUCUGAUCGCUUGGGACUUUUUGAUGAGAUAUGCGAUGGAAUCGCUCGUAAAUGUUCGAUCGCGGUCGAUUUCCCAAAGAGUGGUGAACCAGCCGAGCCAUUAACAUCAUAUGAACAAAGCGACGUGGUUCCUGAUUUCAUGCAGAAAAGUUUCAAGCCAAGCUACAGAAGUAAUCGACUCAUUGGACAACUCUAUCGGAAAGUGAAGAAAGUCGAGAAUAUUGUUGAAUUAGCACAAACGAUGCGCUACGAUGAUAGUUUCGAUGCGCAACUUUAUGAUGAAAGUUUAUUCGAAACACAUCCAACGCUUAUCAAAAAUAGUAUCCGAUUACGUGAUCAAUACAACACUAAAUUACAACAAUUAAUGGAUGAAUAUGGAAUUAGCGAUGAGGCGUCAGUGGUCUCUGGUCACAGUGUUACUAUAAGACGCAUCACCGAUAUGGAAAGAGAUGAUUAUUCGUAUUAUCAUUCCGAUAAAAUUGUUGAACUGCGAUAUAGUCGAAUAUAUGCAUCAUUCAGACGUGAAUUCUUUGCGGAGUUCGGUGAAGAAUCAGAUUUUAUAACGGUUGAUGCAUUUGGGCAACGAGGUAUUCGUUGGAAUACGGCACUGAUAACGAAAGCAAAAGUAUGGUACGCGGUUUGCUAUGGCAAAAGGGCUAUGUGCUCAAAGAAAUUUCGUUCAUUUCCGUGGAUUGUUUGGGAUUUACUAUUGAUUGUGAAACGUCGUAUUUUAAUUGCUUUGAAGCAACCGUCACCAAAAAUAUUAAAUCCAAUUUCAAAUCGUCUCAGUGAAGUUAUCGAAAAAUUCUGUGCAAAAAAUUCGUUUCGUAUGAACGCAAUGUUGAAUGAACUCAGCAGUGGUCCAUUGAAGCAUAUUUAUUUUGUUGAGUAUACGAAAAGGUCUCCGUACGGGUAUAAAUUAGCGAUGUUGUGUUUCGUAAUUGACAACUGGUUGUCGUUGGAAGGUGUUUAUGAACAAUCAGUGGUCAGGAGGGAUCAUGUUGUAACCUUAUUUUUACAGUUUGGUAUCGGUUUAUUGCAUGGAAAACAUUCAUCGCUGGAUCUUUUGGAUCAGUUCACAUUCUUAACCCCUCUUUCAACUGAAGAAGGUGAUAAGCAUUUACCGGUUGGAGAUUGUACGAUAUUUGCGAGUAUCGGCGAUAUUUUGAUAUCGUUCAUCCGUUAUUUGGCUAGUGAACGAUUUGCGAACGCAAGCUCGCUGAAGAUGUUAAUGCCAGUGAAUUUAGCCAAUACCAAUCAACAACCACCUUCUCUAAUACUCACAAAACCUUAUCAGUGGGCCAUGCUAAAUGCUGUAUUCAUUCACCAUGGAACCGUGUUAUUAUUCCGAUUUGUAGCGAAGAUGAAGUGGAGCAAUGCGCUGUUUCAGGUAGCAUUUCGCACAUUCCAUCAUUUGUCGUUAACGUCGACCUUCGAAGCGCUUCAUCUGGAAACGAGCAAUGGUGCAGAAGUUUGGGAUUUUGGUGAAUCGGAAUCGCCGAGCGUUAUCGCUGGUGAUAUUUGUGUGAAUAACGGUGUUAAUCUACAACGAAUUAUCAGCGCUCUUAAGAAGUGGUCGGGAGUGAAAGAGAUAAUGUGUCGAAUGAUACGAAGAGAUCAAUUGAUGGUUAGCAGUGCGGGUAGUAUUGCGUCAAGGCAGUGUUUACAGCGUUUAUUAUUGAUCGAUCAGAAUCGCUUGAUCGAUUACGUUUGUUCAGAUAAAGUACCGAUUGAGGCUCGAAAUGAAUAUCUUUGA